AUCUUAAUCUAACCGAAAUCACAUUGGUCCAUUGGCACUGGCAUCGACUUGUCUUCUCUCCACUGGCCUAUUUAAACACCUGGUUUCCAGGCGGCUGUCUUCCAGCUGAGUUAGCAGGUGAAAGAACACAGGAGUUGACUUGACUUCUAGUAGAGUUCUCUCAAUUUCUCCCCCUCUGGGCUCUAGGGGACCAGGACAGACAGGAAUUUGAGAAGAAAAAGGUGAAUCCAUAAGGUUCAAGAAGAAAAUGGCAUUUCUCAGAAUAAUGGUUCUGUUGUGGGCGGAUAUGCUUGCAACAUAUGUGAUGUGGAUAAUGCAGAAAUACUUAACAGAUGUUUGGAAGCUGGGAGUUACUCAUGCUGCUGGAAUCAUGAAUGUCUACACCGGCCUCUCUAAAUUUCUCCCGUUAGUCUUUUUCAUCUUUGUGGAUGCUGGCCUUAGUAACUACUGGAGUCUGCUUCUCUCAAGUAUAGCCUUUUCUAUUGGUAUGGGAUUUCUGUCAAUGUCAACACCACCAGUUCUACACAAGGUCACAGGGACCUGUAAAGAUUAUGAGCCAAACUGCCUUGGUCAUACACAAAAGGCCCUAUUCUACACAGCUUUAGCAUUGAUAGCAGCUGGAUUAAGUGGACGUGUUGUCUCACUGGUUGCAUUCGCAGAGAAUCAGAUCGAAAAGGAUCCAGAUGAACCUAAAGAGAACGAGCCAACUUGUAAAAGUAGCUCAAUGUCCUUGGAUCGCAAAGGUCCUGAUGGAAAAUUGAUAAAUAGGCCGAGCUUACGACUCCCAUCAUUCAAGGCCAAGAAGCCGAGCUUACGACUCCCAUCAUUCAUGGUCAAGAAUCAGGAGACAGAGCAGCAGCAGCAAACUGAGAGUACUAAAAAGGCUGAAGUUGAUCUAUCACAACUUCAAUUCCAACCACUAGAAGCUAUGCUAGCCCUUGCGCAAAAAGACAGCGGAAAACUCCCUGGUGCUUGUUGUAUAUUGCUUGUUCCUGUUGUUGGUUUAAUUGCUCUACCAUAUAUAAAACCAUGGUCAAUUCGGUUUGGAAUCCCAGCAAUCUGUACAUUGGUGGCAACACUUGCAUUUGUGCAAGGUACACGUUCGUGCAACAAAGAGGAAAACAGACCCGCAGAAGGAAGUACAGUGACAAAUGUUUUCAGAGUCUUUGUGGCCUCCACACGCAAAAUGCUUGAACAUCCCAAGCCACAUUCAGAGCUUUAUGAGAAACAGGAUACUGACACUCCAAAAUUGCCUCAUACCAAGGGGCUACUCAGUUUCUUAGACAAGGCUGCCAUCCGAUUGAAGACUGAAAUUGAAGAACCAAAAAAAUACAGGUGGAGCCUGUGCACUCGGACAGAAGUAGAGGAGACAAAAAUCAUAAUCCGCAUGAUUCCAAUUUGGAUCACCUUUGUAAUUUGUGGUGUCAUUACUUCUGUUGGAAACACAUACUUCGUAGAGCAAGCAAGCCACAUGAAUUACAAGAUUGGAAAACUAAAGUUGCCCGAUUCUGUCAUUCUGGUGUUCUAUGGAAUAUCAAAGUUACAGAUUAAGUCAAUGUACGACGCCAUUGGAAAGUUCUCAAGAAAAAAGUAUGCCCCCUCAAUUGGCAUUGCGUUUGCUACGAUCUUCUCAGUGUUAUGCUGCAUAACUGCUGCCGGAAUCGAAACUCGAAGGAUACAUGUGAUCAGAAGUCAUGGAUUGCUAGAUAAACCGGAUGACAAGAUCCCUUUAAGUGCGCUUGUGCUUCUUCCACAGUAUUUUUUCCUUGCAGGUCUGGACUCGUUCUUUGAAAACAGUGUUACCCCUUUCUUGACUGAUCAGAGUCCUCCGUCGAUGAAGAAGCACCUUGUCUAUCUCAGUCCAGGAUUAUCCGGGCUAGGAACAGUCGGAAGUGUUUUAUCAGUUUAUGUUGUAGGUAAAAUUAGUGAAAGGAGAGGAAAACCGAAUUGGUUUCAGUACACAUUAAAUCAGAGUCGCUUGGAUCGCUACUAUUGGGUGCUUGCUGUCCUGAGUGCUGCAAAUUUCCUGUGGUUUGUAUUCUGGGCUGUAUUGUUCCCUCUUAGAGAACCAGGUUCAAAUGACAAGAAAGAAGCAGGAAAUGAAGGAGUUCAGGAAGAAGCUGCGGGUUUUGUUACAGAUUUAUUGACGGCUAAUUUCACACAGUCAGACAAGGCUUGAUAUAUCAUCAUUAAUCAGUAUUAAUGGAUUUCUUUAUGAGUCGAGUAUAAGCCUCACAACAACUUAAAGCAGUCCAAUUUUCUUUUUUUC